UUACCACACAUUUACAUUGAAAUCGAUGUAAAUACGUACGAAUAGUCGGUUACGUAGUAGUUACGCAUGUGUUUGUUGUAAGGACGCCUUCAACUGUCAACGAUUUUGACGGUUCAGUAAAGUUCAUGUUUGACAAAAGUACGAUAAAGUUUGACACGCAUUCACAAAGUAAACAUUGAGUGGAAUCUGAAACGUGAUAGUUUAACUUAAACGGAAGAAAUAAUGAGCGGAAGAUCUCAAAUGACAGCUAUGAAUGGUAAAAGGUCAACCACAAUGCCUAUGAAACAUCAAUCUGAACAAACCAUUCAACAUUUUGAUAUCAUCAAUUACAUUUAUACCUCAUGGAAUUCUGUAUCUAGAGAAUUGGAUAUGUGUCAUAACCAAUCACAUGGAGAUUUUCAGAAUUAUCAAAAUGGAGCUUCCGUGACAUAUUAUCAAGAAAGAGAACCCAACCCUCAAUUAAAAGAUUUUCAACCAUUUGAUUUGGAAGCUUGGUGGGGCCAGAGAGUAGUCCAAAGUAUUACACGGAAUGCCAACUCCUAGUGCCAGGCUUCUUACAAUGACCAUAGCCGAAUGUUUACUUACAGAUAUAAAAAACAAAAGAGAUAAGCAUAGAUGGUUCUUAAUGUGUACUUAGAACAUAUUAAUUGAUAAUUUACAUUGAUGACUUUUCUAAGUCACUGAGAAUUCGAUGCUCCAAAGAAAUAGAGAUUAGCUAAGAUAAAAUGAUUUUCAAUCAGAAAAAAAUUUUCAGGUCAAAUUACAGCCUAUAAUCGAUUUAAACAAAAAUUAUGCCGAGUAGGAUUAUUUUUAUUGUGAGACAUCAAUUUUAAACUAUUAAAUGUUUUUUUAUUUUAAACUUUAGUAUAAAUAUCUUCAAAUUAUAUAUCGAUUAGAGAAUGGUAACUAUCAACUCUCAUAAAUAAUUUAAAAAAUCAAUUAAAAAUUGAUCAUCCUUCCUUAGGCUGUAUUAUGAUACUGACAAUGAAUUAUUGUCAAAUUAAUCGAUAUAAAAAUUUUUAUUCAUUUAAAUUCAUUAUGGAGUUUAUACAUCACGACAACUAGGCUGAAACAAUCAUAAAAUUCUAUUCAUAUAAUUAAAAUUUACUCUAUUACCACGUACACUAUUACUCUGCAUUUUAUUGACACUUUAAUAUUUUAUUUGAAAAAUUUUAAUAUUCAUUGCCAGUUAAACCAAAUCAAUAUCAGAACAUUUUAAUAGAGCUUCAGCAUCAAUUAUGAUGGAGAGAUACGUCAAGACGAAAUAAUAGAAAUCAUGCGUGAUUUGGUGAUAAGCAAAACGUUAAUUAACUAUAAAUUCACACUAACUUUGGAGUUUAUUUUACUUUACAUAUUGACAAUGACAAUGAAUUUAAAUCAAUAUAAAUUUUUUUAUGAAAACUAAAAUAUAAUGAAUAGUAAAAAAUGUUUCUAUUGAUGACAUUCGAUUUUUAUAAUAAAAGUGAAAAUUAUUCAAAGUUAACUAGCAUGGCUAUAAGGUCAUGUUAUAAAUGCAGUAACAUUCCGCUUUAAUAAAAAGUGAAUAAUUUGGUCAAAGUGGCAUAGAAAAGCGUAUUGAAUUGAUGAGAUGGUGGUAAUUGUAUGCAAUGAAAAAUUCGUGAUAGGUAAAAACUAAAGUAAAAAUGAGAAACAUAAUAUAAUACCUUGAAAAGAAAAAAAAAAUGUUUGCAAAUAUAUUUUUUUUAAUACGGAAAAAUGCUUUGAAAAAUCUAUAGGCAAGAGAAAAGAAUGAAAAAUUGAUUAUAUCAUCAGAAGUUACAUCUUGAAGUGCUCACAAUUAAUUUAGGUAACUUCUUGCACGAGUUUGAUAGAAAUUAACUAAAAAAAACUGAUAAUUUUACAUUUUUGUAGAAAUAGUUUGCCACAUAUUUUUAAACAAUUUCAAUGUUAUAGUGUAUAAGAUGAUCAUAAAUUUAUUUAUAUGUCCAUAAAAAUAUGUAUUUAUAUAUCUGCAUACAUCGAUUUACGAUUUAAUGUAUACUGUAAUUAUUAAUUACUAAGACGAAUUCAAUGAAUAUUUCUAUAUAAUUAUAAUACAACAAAUAAAUAGUGAAUAAUAUCUUUGUACCACAGUUGAUGAUGACAAUGUACUUUAUUGCUUUCUAAAUAUUUUUUCCACUUUUUACGAUCAACCGCGUGAAAUAAUCGACAAUUGAUGCUCGGAAAAACUUUGAAAUAGUAUUGUUAACGGGUGAAUGCUUCACUUUUAUGUACUUUUAUUACAUACUACCUAGUUUCUGACAUUUCUACCGACUUUCAAUUGGGUAAAUUUC